CUCGGUGGUUUCUAAGAUUGGCCACUGGCACAGUAUAAUACUAUUUGAGACAUAGCCGAGAACAGAACACCUAAUUUAUUUACCUUUCGUUUCCACUCUUCUGUUUUAUUGGAGUGAUUAUAAAAAUGGCAGACACAAAAGUAGACUCUGUUUCGGAUAUCCCCACCAAGGACCUGAAAGAGAAAAAACUCAGUGAAGAGAAGGAGAAUGGCAAAACUGCCACUAAUGGAAAGGAGAAUGAGGAAAAUGGAGAGCCAGAGAUAGAUGAUGAAGAUGAAGUGGAUGAAGAGGAUGAGGAGGAUGAAGUAGAAGGCGAUGAUGAUGAUGAUGACGAUGAAGACGACGAUGAACUUGAAGCAGGCACGAAACGACCAGCGGACGACAGUGAUGAGGAUGAUGAGGAUGAUGUUGAAACCAAGAAGCAGAAAACCGAUGAUGACGAUUAAAACAUUGUGUCGUCCCAGAUGAAGCACUUCGGAUCCCUCACCUUUCACGUUUAUGUCGGGUAGUGGAGACGAAGGACUCAAAUAAUAACAUUAGCGAGUAGAGUUCAACAACAUCCACGUACAAACCCAACUGCAAAUUAUCUCAAGGAAACCAGAAUAAUGCAGACUUAAAGGCUCUACUCUUUCUAUGACAUUCUCAAAAGGAGAAUUUGUUUGUAUUUUUAUUUACAUUUUAUAUUUUUGUACAUAUUGUUAGGAGAUUGGUCUCAACUGUGAUCUCCUCUGACCAAAUUAAUGCUUCUUUAUGAAAGAUUUUACUUAGUUGACCAUGUUACUGUAUCUUCAACUGGAAAAAAACAUGUAUAAAUCACUUGCCGCCAUUGAACUCUGAGCAUUCCAGUACAUUUUAUUUAUGUACCUUAGUUCUACCAUAACUAUUUUUUUGUUUGUAUAAUGGGAGGGCAAGGCCAAAGAAAAGCAGCCUCUUUAUUUUGUUUUGUCAGCUACAUUUUGCUUAUGAUGGCCUGUAUCAAUUGUAUGUGAGAAGUUUGUUGUUCGACAAUAAACCGGACUUAUAUUUUUUGA